UCUCUAUGACGCGUGUAACGGUCCUCUGACGGCAUCCAGCGCUUAUAAGCCUCAGUCAGUAACCCAGAGACCCCCACCCUCUCCCAGUCCACUGGAACACACACACACCCACACACACACUCACUCACACACACACACCCUCUUCCAGUCACGGCUCCUCACGGCUCAACUAGGACCAGGAUAUCCAGAGAAACCUGCAACUGUUGUGUUUAGUAGUGUUUCAUCUGGUGUCCCACCACAUGACUCUAGAAUUACUUGAGACCUCCCUGCCCUCCAGCUCCAGAGCUCCGCUGUGACGAUGACCAUCCACGUCGAGGGGCUCGUGGCCAUCGCCUUCUUCUACAUGCUGAUCCUGGUCGUGGGGAUCUGGGCUGCAUGGAAGAACAAGCACUCCGGGGAGGCGGAGGGCACCGACCGCAGCGAGACCAUCAUGGUCGGCGGGAGAGACAUCGGCUUAUUUGUCGGGGGAUUCACUAUGACAGCCACUUGGGUUGGAGGAGGAUACAUCAAUGGCACAGCUGAGUAUGUGUAUCUUCCAGAUUAUGGUUUGGCUUGGGCUCAAGCCCCCUUUGGAUAUGCACUUAGUCUGGUUGUGGGUGGUCUGUUUUUUGCCAAGCCCAUGCGCUCGCGUGGUUACGUCACCAUGUUGGACCCGUUUCAGCAGCUGUAUGGGAAACGUAUGGGUGGCCUUCUCUUCAUACCUGCACUCAUGGGUGAGAUUUUCUGGUCGGCUGCCAUCUUAUCUGCCCUUGGUGCUACUCUCAGCGUCAUCGUGGACAUCAACAUUAAGAUGUCAGUGGUUAUCUCUGCACUCAUUGCAAUCUUUUACACCCUCGUUGGAGGACUUUACUCGGUGGCCUACACUGAUGUGGUUCAGCUGUUUUGUAUCUUUAUUGGCCUGUGGAUCAGUGUCCCCUUUGCUUUGACCAACCCUGCUGUGUCAGACAUCGCUGUUUCUGCAGUGACAGAGGUUUACCAGUCGCCCUGGAAAGGCAAAGUGAACAGGGAAGACACCUGGGUCUGGAUCGACAACUUCUGCCUGCUGAUGCUGGGAGGAAUACCCUGGCAGGUGUAUUUCCAGAGAGUCCUAUCAGCAUCAUCUGCCACCUAUGCACAGGUCCUCUCCUUCCUGGCUGCCUUUGGGUGCCUCAUCAUGGCGGUGCCCUCCGUUCUCAUCGGCGCCAUCGGAGCCUCCACAGACUGGAACCAGACAAGUUAUGGUGCCAUUCCUCCUAAAGAAAGGGAUCAAGCAGACAUGAUUCUCCCCAUUGUGCUCCAACACCUGUGCCCGCCGUUCGUCUCAUUUUUUGGUCUGGGUGCAGUGUCUGCUGCUGUCAUGUCGUCUGCAGACUCCUCCAUCCUCUCAGCGAGCUCCAUGUUUGCCAGGAACAUCUACAUGCUGGCUUUCAGACAGUCGGCGUCUGACCGUGAAAUUGUGUGGGUGAUGCGAAUCACAAUCUUUAUAUUCGGUGGUCUCGCCACCGUGAUGGCUCUAGUGACUGGCACGGUUUACGGCCUGUGGUACCUGAGCUCAGACCUGGUUUACGUCAUCAUCUUCCCCCAGCUGCUCAGCGUGCUCUUCGUCAAAGGUACCAACACAUACGGCUCGGUGGCUGCGUACCUGUUCGGUAUGGUGCUGCGUAUAGGCGGAGGUGAGCCCUACCUGCAGUUGCCGCCCUUUAUUUAUUACCCUGGUUGGGCGAUCGAGGAACGGAAGCACCACAUUACAGGGGAAUUGGAGGAAGUCGUCGUACAGAAGUUUCCUUUUAAGACCAUCUCCAUGUUGGCAUCCUUUCUGGCCAAUUUUGCUUUCUCACAACUGGCAAAGUACCUUUUUGAAAGUGGUAAGCUUUCACACAAGUAUGACUUUCUGGACGCGGUUGUGUCCAGGCACAGUGGAGAGAUAAUGGAUAAGACUACGCUUGUCACCCGUGGCAACAACAUCGGGCUGUCGGAGAUGGCGCCCGUCAAACCUCGGUUGAGUGUGACCUUGGCGGCUGCCUUCACACGCCGGGACACGUUGCCCACAGAAAUGGUGGAGGAAGAGGAGGAGGAGUCCAGCCCUGACUCCUCCCACCAUGAGGAAUGACAAAGCCAGGAUGCAUUAUGAAAAAAAAAAAAAAAAAUCUGAGAACCUGACUGAACUGCCCAGGAGCCAAGAAACACGGAGCAAACAUCCACAUGUGGGACUGAAGUUCUUUCAAAUCCUGCCCAACUGGAUUAGCGCCACGUGCCAAGAUACUGUAUGUAGCGUAGCAGCUUGCUGAUUAUCCAGAGUAAGGCUGUCUUUCUGUAAAGUAAAGCAACACACACACACACACACACACACACACACACACACACACACACACACACACACACACACACACACACACACACACACACACACACACACACACACACAUAGUACUCAUAAAUAGUCGGAGGUGAUCUAUAGUAAUCCUUUUUUCUUUUUUUAGUAGCAUUCAAGUACACAUAACAUUUGAUUAAUUUUACUAAAAAAGAGCAGAUAAAAUUCAUAAAAUAAUCUCUUGUUUAUACCGAGAGAAACAAAUAAAGCAAAUAACAGGUGCUUUAUAAGAAGAGACAGACAGCACAACCACUAUUCAGAAAAAAAUAAAUCAAUAAGAUAAAAGCAAUAACAAAUAUAUACACACAAUUUAACACUUGUGCAGUAAUUACUAUGGAAACCUGAUAAUGAGAAUGGAAGUAAUAUAGAGUAUAUCAGUCAAUGGAACUGAGGGACAAUGUAAUCCAUGGUUUUAAUGUUUCAGAUGAAGUCUCUUACAGUAACAGUGAAAUCAGUUUGAUUCAGAAAUCAGUCACCACAUCAAAUCAAUGAGCAAUUGUGUUUCUCACAUUUAUGUUUGAUUAUUACUGAUAUACAUGUGACUGUGACUCCAGAAAGAUACAAUCCAUGCGUCAUGCUGAGUAGUUAAUAUACAAGCAGUAGUGAUGGUAGUCGACUUGAAGCUUUAGCUCAUAUUCUCUCUAAUGUCAGGUGUAGAGGCAGUUUUAAGCAUAAGAAUCAGUGUUAAUGUGAUAAAUUAUCUUGUAUUCAACUGCCUUAACAAUGCUAAUAAAUUGAGGUAUUUUAUUUCCACAGUUGUGACCAGAUACUAGUCAGACUGCAGUAAAAAGACUUGAAUAUGAAUGUAACCGCUGCAGAAGAUCUGAUUAUAUCAAAUAGCAAACUUCUAAUUAUGUGUUUCUGUUUUGCAAAGUCUUACAACAAUGUGGCAACAGACGUGUUACAUUCAUAGGUUAUCUGUUGUCUGCCGCAGGAAAACGAUUAUUUUCUCUGUGAUGUUUAUAUUUGUAUACAUGUGAAGAUAAAAAGAAUGAAAGAGAAAGGAAAAAAAACUAAAGGUAAAAAAUAAUGCUGGAUGCAAAUUUCAGAUAAGAUGGAAAAUGUUUAAAUGUUUACUUAUUUUUGAUGACAAAAAGAAACAAUAAAAUGGAAAAUAUUAAGGUAAAUAUGUA